UGCAUUUAGUAUAUAGUAUCUAUUAUCUAAACUAUCUUUAUUCACCUAUUUAGUUAUUUCAGUUCAUUGAGUUUAAUUCGGCAUUCGGCACACUGCACAAUUGUCGCAAUUUAAGAUUCCUGAUCCACUAUUCCAGUAAAUUAUCAGUAAAUUUCAAUAUUUCUUGUGUUUUGCCGGUUCGACUGUCAUGUAUACUACAGUCUUUUAUACCUAAUAUUUUUUCAGUCCGUGAUUAAUGAUAAUAUAUAGUUUAUAUUUAUUAUCAUUUUUCUUAAAAGUUAAGAAUUUGAUCGUGGCAGACACUAAAUAUUCAACUCAUUAUUACCUAAUUCACUGAUUUUUUUGUUAAUAUUAUAUAUAUAUAUAUAUAUAUAUACCAAGUAUUAGUCAAUAUCCAAAACAAUGGUUAAAAUUGCAUUACAAAUUAAAGCAAAUUUAGAAAAUGUAACCGAACUUACACCUGAUGGCGAAGACUUUCGAUGUUUCGAUGUACAAAUUGUGGUGAAGAAUCUGACAAAUGGAUAUACUUAUCUCAAGAUGUAACAGUUCCAAUGAAAGGGAGUAGAGGUCAAGCAAAUUUAGUCACCAAAUGCAAAAUGUGUUCAAGAGACAGUUCAUUAGAUAUUUUACCAGACACUAUUUCAAAGUAUACAAUAGAAGAUUCAAAUAAAUUUAAAAGUAUCGUCACAUUUGAUUGUCGUGGUAUAUCAAUUAUUGACUUUUCACCUAGAAAUGGGUUUAAGUGUAUUGGAAUUGAAACUAAUACUAAAUUUGAAGAUAUUAAUUUAGAAGAAAAAGAAUGGGUUGAUUAUGAUGAAAGACAGAAUCAGCCUGUUGGGAUUUAUGAUGUCCAACAUCAAUUUGUAACCACUAAAUAAAUGUUUUGUUGACAUAAAUCAUAAUUUAGAUAUAAAUGCAACAUUAAUACUAUUCUGUGAAAAACUAAGUAAUUUGAUCCAUUUAUUUAAUGUCUAAUAAAAAGGAACAUAAAAAUAAUAUUAAAAAAAUGACUAAUUAAAAAAGUUUAUGAAUAAUCAA